AUGACGGACACAGAAACAGACACCUCGUAUUCGCCUGUUCAGGAAGCACGCCGAAUCUUCUCAUAUCUCUGUGAUCAAGCUGAACGACUCAGUUUGCCGCCGCAGAUCGUGGAAAAGAAGGAUGCCGUGUCAUUCUCAUCUUCCCAUAACGAGAUCUACUACCCGAUCCCAUUCAAAGAAACUGAGACAUUGGCCGCAUUGAAGGGAGUCGAAGGUGCUGUCGCUAGCGCAAUUGCCGACUUACGAUUUGGUGAACAGAAGCGCAAUGUGAAGAUCGACCUGGAGAAGGCGACAGCUUUCGGAUGCCAGGCAUACAUGGCCAAACUUGACGGACUUUCUAAACUGGAUCCAGCUGUCAAGUCGAAGUUGAAAGAUACCGACCUGCUUGCGGCCCAGUCGAAUGGAUACCGUCGGAUGUCCGCCAACCUUUAUAGAACCAAGAACGAGGGCGAGUUCUUUCAUAUCCAUGGCUCCCUUGAGGCUACGACGACACUCAACAUGAUUGGAUUGGAGGGUCACCGUCCCGAUCUCACAGACUACGAAGAGAUCAUCAAGGUCAUUGAGAGCCACGUGCAAAAGUACACCGCUGCCGAGCUAGAAGAGAUGAACAAGGAGAGGAGACAAGCUGGGGUUACGGCAUUCAAAUACGAGGAUUUCAUCAAUACUCCCCAUGGACGGCUUAAUGUGCAGGAACCUCCAUGGAAGGUAAAGCGUCUUACUGGUGACUUGCCUCCGACUCCCUUCCCCGCCAGUCGCAGUGGAAGCAGAAAGAUCCUAGAGGGUGUCAAGGUGCUGGAACUCUGCCGUAUUAUCGCGGGACCAACCGUUACGCGGAUUCUGACCGAGUACGGCACAGAUGUCUUGAAGAUCACUAGCCCUAAUCUUUCGGAUGUCCCCUUUUUCCAGGUUGACGGUAACAUGGGCAAGCAUGCCGCGGAUCUGGAUCUGAAGACUACGGAAGGACGUCGUCAGUUCGAGGAACUUUUGGCUGAUGUGGAUGUGCUUGUCGAUGGCUAUCGCCCAGGUGCGCUCGAGAAAUUGGGAUACGGUCCAAACGCUCUCGCCUCGCUGGCGGAGAAGCGUGGCAAGGGCAUCGUAUACGUCAAUGAGAACUGCUUUGGCUACGAAGGAGAAUGGGCCAGCCGUCCUGGUUGGCAGCAAAUUGCUGAUUGCGUAACUGGUAUUGCAUGGGCUCAAGGGCAAUUCAUGGGCCUCUCCACUCCGGUGGUACCUCCGUUUCCCAUCUCUGAUUACGGCACAGGCUGCAUGGGCGCCAUUGCCGCCCUCACAGGGCUCUACCACCGUGCAAAGACCGGCGGAUCCUACCACGGAAUGGCUUCUCUGAUGCAUUAUGACCUCUUGCUCUUUGCCGUGGGCAAGUAUUCGGAUGCUGUGCAGGAGAAGAUGCGGGCUGCUCAACCGCCGGACUUUUUCAAGCUUCGGCACUGCGAUAGCGUGGAUCGCAUCUCCUCAACCGUCCUGAAGAUCAUGCAGGCGCGGUUUCCGCAUCUCUAUGUAGGCCCCGACGACGCGGCCGGACAGGAGGCGCUCACAGAGAAAUGGUUCUCCAAGGCGUACAAUGCCGACAUUGAGGUUGUCAAACCUAUUGCGGAAAUUGACGGGGUGGACAACAGCUUCUCGCGCGCCAGUCGACCGAACGGCUCCGAUCGACCUAGCUGGGAGGACUUCCAGCUGCCCGAGGAGGACUACAAGAAGGCUUAA